GCGGAGGUAAGGCGAGCGCGGAGGGCGGGUGCCUAGCAACCGGGGGCGCGGAACAGAGGCGCUUGGCGAGGCGGAAGAGCCAGCGGGCUGGAGAGGUGGGUGAUUGGAACAGGCCUAGCACCAUGGCCGCGCUGAGCGUCAAGCCCAGUCACCGAUUCCAGUUGCCGGACUGGCACACCAACAACCACCUGCUGUCCACCAAUGCCGAGCGGCAGCGAGAUGCUUCGCACCAGAUCCGCCAGGAGGCCCGCGUCCUCCGCAAUGAGACAAACAACCAGACCAUUUGGGAUGAACAGGACAAUAGGACUCGACUGACCGAGAGGAUUGAUACUGUCAACCGUUGGAAGGAGAUGCUGGACAAGUGUCUGACAGAUUUAGAUGCUGAGAUCGACGCUCUAACACAGAUGAAAGAGUCAACAGAGCAAAACCUGCAGGCCAAGAACCUGCCUCUGGAUGUGGCCAUCGAGUGCCUGACCCUGCGGGAGAGUCGGCGCGACAUUGAUGUGGUGAAGGAUCCUGUGGAGGAAGAGCUGCACAAAGAGGUGGAGGUCAUUGAUGCCACCAAGAAGGCUUUGCAACAAAAGAUUAGCCAGGCCUUCGAGAAGCUCUGCCUCCUGCAGGAAGUCCGACAGCAGCUGAACUCUGACCAUAGGGACAAAAUGGAGACAUUGGACAUUGACAGAACCUGCCUGUCUCUCAACCUCAAGUCCCCCAACAUCUCUCUGAAGGUUAAUCCCACACGUGUCCCCAAUGGCUCCUCCACCCUCCAGCAGUGGGAUGACUUCAGCCAGUUCAACAAAGACCGGGCAGAGGCUGAGAUGAAAGGAGCGGUAGAGCUGAGGGAGGCCAUCGCCCUAACUAUUGCCGAGACCAACAACGAACUUGAAGCCCAGAGGGUCGCAACAGAAUUUGCCUUCAGGAAGCGACUGAGGGAGAUGGAGAGAGUGUACAGUGAGCUCCGGUGGCAGGAGAAGAAUACCUUGGAAGAGAUCACCGAGCUGCAGGAGGACAUCCGGCACCUGGAGGAGGAUCUGCGCAGGAAGUUGCAGAACCUGAAGCUAUGCCAUACCCGACUGGAGUCCAGAACUUACCGGCCCAGUGUGGAGCUCUGCCGGGACCAGGCACAGUACGGCCUCACCGACGAGGUUCACCAAUUAGAGGCAACCAUCACUGCCCUGAAGCAGAAGCUGGCACAAGCACAAGAUGCACUGGAUGCUCUCUACAAGCACCUGGCCAGGCUGCAGGCUGACAUCGCCUGCAAAGCCAACUCCAUGCUAUUGGACACCAAGUGCAUGGACACCCGUCGGAAGCUGACUGUGCCUGCUGAGAAGUUUGUGCCUGAGGUGGACACCUUCAGCCGGACCACAAACCGCACCCUGAGUCCACUCAAAAGCUGCCAGCUGGAGCUGGUCUAGUGUUGGGGGGCUGAGGGAUGAAGGGAAGGUCAGAUGGGAGAUAGAAGGUUGGGGGAGGGAUGGAGAGAAUGAAUCUAAUAAAUGUGGUUCUCAGUCCA